GCAAUGACUAACUCCUCAUUCCUGGAGCUGUGGCAGCCCAAGGUGGUAUCCAUCCAUCAGCCACUGGGCAUCGGGGACCAGCCCAAUGACUCCUACUGCUACAACUCAGCCAAAAACAGCACAGUGCUCCAGGGGGUCACCUUUGGUGGCAUCCCCACCGUCCUGCUCAUUGAUGUCAUCUGCUUUCUGAUUUUAAUAUUGGUGUUUUCCUUCAUAAGAAGACGAUUCUGGGAUUAUGGCCGCAUUGCUUUGGUAUCAUCAGAAACAGAGAGUGAGUCCAGAUUCCAGAGGCUGUCAUCUUCCUCCUCGGGGCAACAAGACUUUGAAAAUGAGCUGGGAUGUUGCCCCUGGCUGACUGCUAUCUUCCGCCUAAAUGAUGACCAGAUCCUGGAGUGGUGUGGAGAGGAUGCCAUCCACUACCUGUCCUUCCAGAGGCACAUCAUUUGCCUGCUGGUGAUGGUCAGCUUCUUGUCCCUGUGUGUCAUCCUCCCUGUCAACCUUUCAGGAGACUUGCUGGAUAAAGACCCUUACAGUUUUGGGAGGACGACAAUAGCAAACCUGCAGACUGGCAACGACCUUCUCUGGCUGCACACCGUCUUUGCCGUCAUCUACCUCUUCCUCACUGUGGGCUUCAUGCGGCACCACACCCAUUCCAUCAAGUACAAAGCGGAGAGCCUAGUGAGACGAACCCUGUUCAUUACAGGGCUCCCCAGAGAGGUCAGCAAGGAGAUGGUGGAGAGCCACUUCCGGGAUGCAUAUCCCACGUGCCAGGUGAUGGAGGUCCAGCUGUGCUACGACGUGGCCAAGCUGAUUUACUUGUGCAAAGAGAGAAAGAAGACUGAGACAAGCCUGACCUACUACACAAACGUGCUGGUGAAGACAGGCCAACGGACGCUCAUCAACCCCAAGCCCUGUGGCCAGUUCUGCUGCUGUGAAGUGCAGGGGUGUGAGUGGGAGGAUGCCAUCUUUUACUACACACGCAUUAAGGACAGGCUGAUGGAGAAGAUCACAGAGGAGGAAUGCAGGGUCCAGUACCAGCCCCUGGGAAUGGCCUUCGUCACCUUCCAGGAGAAGUCCAUGGCUACCUACAUCCUUAAAGACUUCAACGCCUGCAAGUGUCAAGGCCUCCGGUGCAAAGGGGAACCCCAGCCCUCUUCCCACAGCAGAGAGCUCUGCAUCUCCAAAUGGACUGUGACCUUUGCCACUUACCCUGAGGAUAUCUGCUGGAAGAACCUCUCUAUCCAAGGCCUCCGCUGGUGGCUCCAGUGGCUGGGCAUCAACUUCACACUCUUCGUGGGGCUGUUUUUCCUGACCACACCCUCCAUCAUCCUGUCUACCAUAGACAAAUUCAACGUCACCAAACCCAUCCAUGCGCUGAAUGACCCAAUCAUCAGCCAGUUCUUCCCAACCCUCCUCCUGUGGUCCUUCUCGGCCCUGCUCCCAUCUAUCGUCUACUACUCCACGCUGCUGGAGUCUCACUGGACCAAGUCAGGGGAAAACCGGAUCAUGAUGACCAAGGUCUACAUCUUCUUGAUCUUCAUGGUGCUGAUCCUGCCUUCCCUUGGCCUCACCAGUCUAGAUUUUUUCUUCCGGUGGCUCUUUGACAAAACUUCCUCGGAGGCCUCUAUUAGGUUGGAGUGUGUCUUCCUGCCUGAUCAGGGUGCCUUCUUUGUGAACUACGUUAUCGCCUCAGCUUUCAUUGGCAAUGGCAUGGAGCUGCUGCGACUGCCAGGCCUCAUCCUCUACACUUUCCGCAUGAUCAUGGCCAAGACGGCUGCUGACCGAAGGAACGUCAAGCAGAACCAGGCCUUCGAGUAUGAGUUUGGCGCCAUGUACGCAUGGAUGCUGUGUGUCUUCACUGUCAUCAUGGCCUACAGCAUCACCUGCCCCAUCAUCGCACCAUUUGGCCUCAUCUAUAUUCUGCUCAAGCACAUGGUGGACCGACACAACCUCUACUUUGUCUACCUCCCGGCCAAGUUGGAGAAGAAGAUCCACUUUGCUGCUGUGAACCAGGCCUUGGCAGCUCCCAUCCUAUGCCUUUUCUGGCUCUACUUCUUCUCCUUUCUGCGUCUGGGUCUGAAGGCCCCCACCACCCUGUUCACCUUCCUGGUGAUGCUGCUCACCAUCCUGGUCUGCCUGGCCUACACGUGCUUUGGGUGCUUCAAGCACCUCAGCCCUCUGAACUACAAGACAGAGGAAUCAGCAAGUGACAAAGGAAGCGAGCCUGAGGUUGCUGCGCCCCCACCAUUCACACCAUAUGUGCCCCGGAUUCUAAACAGCUUGGCCUCGGAGAAGACAGCAUUGUCCCCACAGCAGCAGCAGACCUAUGGUGCCAUUCAAAAUAUCAGUGGAACUCUCCCAGGGCAGUGCUCAGCCCAGACCCCUGCCGACAGUGUGGCUUCUACGUAUCAGGAGGCCUGA